AUGCUAGUGAAGAUGGUCGGAGCUAGCGUGAUACUGCAAGAACAAGAAAGUAUCCAAGUAGUUAUCCAGCAUUUCCAAGAAACUGGCUCUACCACCACCACUGGACACGACUUAAAUGUCGUAAGAUACGUUGAAGAAAUUCUUAAUGAAUAUGUCGGUCCUUUUAUGGUCGAUAUGGGUGAGAAUGCUACAUUUAUAAAUGACAGUGCACGUCCACAUAUAGUACGAAUUGUAAAUGCUUACCUACAAGGUGUCUGUUUAAAUAACUGA